GGGGGGGGUGGUGGUGUGUGGUGACCCCCUCCGGCAGCCCCCUCCCCCCAGUAAAGGACACCAUGGAGCAAAGAGGGAGGAGGAUGGAGCUGCCUCCCCCCCUCCCCUGAAGCCCCCUCAUCCGCUCCAUUAUCGCCACAGACCCCGAGGCGGCAGCAACAACAAGGAGUAUUUAUUUUGCCACAAAAGUUUCCAAAGCAGUUUACACAGAGACAUGAUAGAGGCAUAAGAUGGCUCCCCUGUCUCCAAAGGGCUCACACUCUAAAAGAGAAACAGAAAGGUAGAGACCAGCCACAGUCACUGGAGGAAUGGUGUGCUGGGGCUGGAGAGGGCCAGUUGCUCUCCCCCUGCUCAAUCAAGAGAAUCGCCCCUGUCACCAUUGUUUAAAAGGUGCCUCUUUGCCCAGUGAACAGGGGUAGCAACCCUCCUCUGGAAUUGGGCUGGAUAUCAUCUGAUAUAGGAGAGCCCACUCCUGUCAUCUCUCUCUCUCAUUCAAGUCAUUAUAUUACAUUAUAUUAAUAGCCCACUUUGCCUUCCAGAAGCCCAUGUGACUUGACUAUCUAUCUAUCUAUCUAUCUAUCUAUCUAUCUAUCUAUCUAUCUAUCUAUCUAUCUAUCCAUCUAUCCAGAAUGAUAUAUUCAUAUCUGGUAACUUUGCCUUCCACAAGCCCAGACUAUCUACAAAUCCAUGUAUCCAUCCAGAAGCCAUAAUAUUAUAUUAGUAGUCUGCUUUGCCUUCCAGAAGCCUGUGUUGUAUCAUAUAUUAUUCAAGAUUGAGUAUAUCAUAUAUUUAUAUUUUUAAACCUUUUAAUAUCCCACUUUGCCUUCCAGAAACCCAGGGUGAUCAUCACAACAACCCUGCGAGGGAGGAGGUGGCCCAGAGGCACCCAGGGAGUUCCAUGGCCGGAUGGGCAUUUGGACCUAGGUCUCUCUCCGGGCUGUCAGAGCUGGUUCUGGGGCUGCUGUGAGGCGCCUGUCCCUUUCCUAAUGGCACAGCAGCAAGGAGGCAGGAGUUCCUCCCCACCUUGGCCUCCCUUUGGAGGAGCUGCCCUUGGGGCUGGGAGUCUCCAGGAUGGGAGGUUUUACUGGCUUGGUGGUCUUGUGAAGAACUAGCUUCACUCAGGGUUGGCAGCCUGCUCUGCUUGUGGGCUUCUGCAGGGAACCAGCCCCUAUUUUGCCUUUGGGGGAGGCAUGGUGGGGGGUGCUUUUUAAAAUGUUAGCAUCCCCACAGGCACACUCUGGUUAUUCACCUUCAAGCUCCCAGGUCUGGAGAAGUUAAGUCUCAGUGGGGGGCGGGCAGAGCACAUGCAUGCAAAAGGCCCUCAUCAUGCAAGACAAACAUACUCACUCAUGGCUUCUUUUCAACCCCCCCCCCCAAAACCCAACACAACUGUUGGACUUUGUUCCUGUGCCUUCAUUUCUUCUACCCUCCUUGUUCUGAGGACUUCACUGUGGUGCCUGUUCUGUGCUAUCAUUGUUUAUAUAUGCAUUUUUGUUUAGGAUUCCAAAUUGAGACACAAGUUUCCUUAGCUAUACCAGUACAUCGUCAACAUGUCAGUUUCACAGUGGCAGUCAAUUGCAUGUGUAUGUUGUUAUUUUGGUAGUAUAUUUUUGCCAAUCGUGUUUAUUGAGGAGUUGUUAUUAGUCACAAUCACACCCUGUUUUGUUUUGCUUUAUCUUUAAAUGCUUUUUAUUGUAGCACAAGCUGUCCUGAAUCGGAGCUCACUUUAUUGGUUGAAUGAAAUGUUUAUCCUCAAUUGGCAGGUGUGGAAGUGUGUCUACAAAGGAGAGGCUGCUUAACAGGAAGAGCAGUCUGACGUGGGACUAUAGCUCCUCUUCAGACAGGCAAAAAACCCAACCCAAGAUUUUCCUGCAAGCACAGAGAGGUCUCAUGCUGCCACCUGACCCUUGCCAUGCUGAUGGCGUUUGUCUGAAGAGGCACACACUAAGUUUGGGUUGGCUUCCCAUCCGCUGGAUCUGUCAGGCGUCUCGGCUCUGCCCUGAGUUAAUCAUCCAUCGUCUCGUAUUAUCAAUCUACCUUUCCGUUGCUAGAGGAGGCUGCCCUUCAGAAUAUCAGCCAGCAAGACCCAGCCUGGGAGGAGUUGCCUUCCAGUCAACUCUGGCCAACUGGGUGGAGGAAGGCGGGAUGGGGGGGGGAGUGGUGUGGGGCUGGUGGCACCAGAGAGGAGUCUUUCUUUCUUGAGUUACCUAGCAACCAUAAUGCUGUUGCUUUGGUUACCCAGGCUGAGAAGUAAAGUCCUACAUAGGAGUUCUUUUUUAACCCAGAGCAACAAUCAAGCUCCGAGACAGGUAACUCGGGCAGCAACAGGUAGAAAUCCUCCCCAUCCCACCUUUCUGCAGCUUGUAAGGGUGAAGGGAAGGAGCAAAAUAGGACUGUGUUUGCUUUGCUCUCACACACUUGAGUAGUGUUAACUUUCUGCUCCCUCUAAAAGUCUGUGAACUUGGUGCAACCAUCCAGCAAGGGUGACAAGUCAGAUUUGAGAGGAAAGAGUUGGGGAAGAAGAUGGGGACAAAAUCUGACAGGACAACAAGCUAGGAGGAGAAAGAGAACUUAGAGGGGAAGUAAGUAAGUUUGUAGGAGCAAACACGGGGGGUGGGGUGUCACGGUGAUUUGGGGUAGAGUUUGGGGGCAGAGGUGAUUUAAAAGAAGGAAGUUAGUGACAAAAGCUUGAGAGAGGAACAAGCAAAUGGCUGCUUUGGGCAGAAUUUUGGCAAGUGAAACCAGCCUGGGGAGAAGCUGUACCUGGGAUAUGAGGGCAUGAAACUGGCAUGGGCAGUGAGCAUACACAGAACAGAGCUGGGGAAACCAUUUCUUUGAAACUGGAGGGCUUGAGAGAUGUUGAAUCUAGAAACCAGCUCUGUGGGAUUUGAGAUUGAAUGUGAGUCCUCCUGCAAUGAUCUCCCUCAACCAGUGUGCUUCCAGGUGGUUACAGCAAAAGUCUGAGCCAAGAAUUUAUUGGAAGAAGAAUAUUAAUUGAAUUGGUACAUUUGAAGCAGUUAAUAACAAUCGGAGACAAGGGAAAGUACAUCAUGAAGCCCAGAUCUUGUGCCCCGAUUGUGAGGGUACAGAAUGAGUCUAUCUAUAACAUGAGCCAUUCCAAGCAAAUACCAGAGUUACCACCUUUGCCAGAGUCCAGUGUAGUAGAGCCUUCUGAGCUGUAUCAGCUGAUCCAGAAGAGCAGCCAUUUCCCCUCUCUGAUGCAAAGAGCAUCCUGGACAUUGGCCGCUCCGUUUAAAGAGCAGCCCUACUUCCGAAGCCCGAGCGACUCCAUUGCCAACAACUACACGCUGACGGCCCGUGACCUGAAGUUGAAAGAUCUGCAGAAGAUGAUGGCGGCAGCUGCAAAGGCAAAAAAAGCAAAACAGAGGGCAGAAUCGCCACCUCCAAAAGAAUAUGCACCUUCUGAGAAGAAGCUGAAACUCUCGCCAAGAAGCACUGGUGAACCUGACAGAGCUGCAGUGGUUCCUCAGGUGUCCAUUUUAGAAGUCGAUGUGUUACAGACUCCUCCACGCUCAGAAUUAGAAGUUAUUCAUUAUUCUGAUAUCCAGCCUCUGACUCCAGAACAACAAUUUGUUGUGAUGUACCAACAUGAGGAGGAGAUAAACAAAUAUGAACUGCCACCCACAAGUGCUGAUCUAGAGAGAUAUUGUUACUACAUUCAUAGAGGCAUCCGGAAAGACAUGCUGGCCCCACAAGACAAAGAAGUGAUGGAGAGCAUUUUGAAGCACCUCUCGAGUCAUUUUCUUAUCAACCCAAACCUGGAGGACCUGCUGAAAAGUUUAACCCAAGAGAUUCAGAAUGAUUAUCACAUCUGGCUCAUGAAAGAUAUUGUUGAUUACAUCUUGAAGGAUCCAGAGGAGAGAAAAAGACUCUUUAUACACAGCCUCCCACGGCCUUUCCCAAAAAGAGUGAUCCGUGCACCAGUCCCCUGGCACCAGAUCUACCAAGAAGCGAGAGCCUGGAAUGAAAGUCACCUCUUCACGGUGAAUCCCAUGAUGCUUACUUUGCAAGAAAUUUGGUUUUCAGAGUUUAGUGGACUGAGGUUUGUUCGCACCAAGGACAUCCUUGCAGGUGACUUGCCAUUACUGCCUGGCGAAUUUGAAGAUUUGAUCCACAGACACUGCCUGGAAGCUCGUGAUAUUCUUCAGAACAGGUGGAUUCCCACAUGUGCUGAGCUCUUUAUUGAUCAGAAGGAAAAGUGGCUUCAUUUCGCUCCCCAGAGUGACUUGGACUCUUCCCAGCCAAUAGAGGAAUAUUUUGCUUCGGUAGCAAUGCUCAUGUCAUUACAGCUACGGGAGAUGGUCAUCAAUUCAUUGGAAGACCUCCUAUCUUUUUUCAAGAUACAUGAGAAUGGAAAUGACUUUGGAGAAAUCUAUCAUGAAAUGCAAUUCUUUAUACCACAAAUACUGGUCCUCAAACUGGACGUGGAGGACCCCACCAUUAUAUUUGAGCCACAUAUGAAAGACUGUUGGGAUUUAAUCUACCGCUGCUUCAUGGAGAUCCUCAAGAAUUCCGAGGGACUUCCAAAGGUACAAGUUAAACUUUUCCCGGAAUUAAAAGGAGAAGACCUUGUUCUUCGUACUGUCCAAGCAGACGAAUCUUUGGUUUCAGAUUAUGUGGUCAGAACGGCUGAGAUAUUUGAUCGCAAUAUUGUUGGCCCACAGAAGUACUUAAACGUGUACAGAAAAUACAAUGAUCUCUUGAACAAGAAUGCCGAACAAGACGUGACUGACUUUUUAAGCAAAAGGCAUGAUCUGGAUGACUUUGUGGAGAAGAUUGAUGGCUUGACAAAGCUGAAGAGAGAAAUUGCUUCCCUGCAUGUCACGGUCCCUUUGGCAAUGUUCUGCCUUGACGCAUUAAAGUUGAAUGAGGAGCUUUGCUCUCGGACUCAGAAGCUGAAGGACCGGCUGAUUCAGUUUGAAGUAGACGAAAACAGGGAGGCAAACCAGAGCAUCUGCAACCAGUACAGCAUAAUAGCCGACAAAGUCAGUGAGAUGCCUUUGACCACGGAGGAGCUGGUGGAGCUCACAGCCUACCUGAAAAAAGCCAGCGAAGUGACCGUGUUUAAGCUGCGGCGUGAAAUCCGAGAGGCCAUCUACAGACUAGAAUUCCUGCUGUCUUACGCUGAUCUCCCUCGUGAAGAUAUUACUCUGAACAGCACAGUUCUCUAUUGGCCAGAUGAGAUCGAGGUCAUUUUUGACACCAGUAGGCUCCAGCUGAUGAACAGAAGGGAUCAAGUAGAGCUCUCGCUGAUCAAAAGGUGCUCUGAAUUUGAGGUUGUCCUUGAAGGUUAUAACAAAGAGGUUGAAAGUUUCCGAAAGAAGGAGGUCAUGACCAUAGAAGAAAUGAAGAAUAACGUCGAAAAAUUUAAUGAGUUGUCCAAGAAUUUGGACAAUGCUUUAGCCGAAUAUGAAGCUAUUAAUAAGGAAGAGGAGCUUCUUGAGCGAGAGAAGAGUCAGUUUCCGCUAUUGCAGACGAUCAUUUCACACAAGCAGCCCUUUGAGCAGCUUUGGGUGACUGCUUAUAAUUUCCAUGUGAAGUCGGAGGAAUGGAUGAAUGGACCUAUCCUACAGCUGAACGCUGAAGAAAUCACGGAGGAAGUGGGCAAUAUGUGGAGGACCAUGUAUAAACUGACCAAAACCCUUUCAGACCUACCUGGACCUAAACGCUUAGCGGAGAAUGUGAAAUUUAAAAUAGACAAGUUUAAGCAACACCUCCCUGUCCUCUCGAUUGCCUGCAACCGUGGGAUGAAGGACAGACACUGGGAACAGAUCAGUGAUAUCGUUGGCUACGAGAUAAGACCCGAUGAAACUACUUGUCUCCUAAACAUGCUAGAAUUUGGGCUGUCAAAAUAUAUUGAAAAACUUGAGCCUAUUGGAGCAGCAGCUAGCAAGGAGUAUUCCUUGGAGAAAAACAUGGAGAAAAUGAAGUCGGAAUGGGCCAAUAUCUGCUUCACCUUUGUCAAGUACAGGGAAACGGACACCAGCAUUCUGUCAGCAAUUGAUGACAUCCAACUUCUGCUUGAUGAUCACAUUGUCAAGACUCAGACCAUGUGUGGUUCUCCGUUUAUCAAACCCAUAGAAAACGAAUGUCGGAGGUGGGAAGAGAAGCUUGUCACGAUGCAGGAGAUUUUAGACGGCUGGUUAAAGUGCCAGUCAACUUGGCUUUAUCUGGAACCGAUCUUCAGUUCUGAGGACAUUAUUGCUCAGAUGCCAGAGGAAGGCAGGAAGUUUGGCAUCGUGGACACCUACUGGAAGGACAUCAUGGUGCAAGCAGUGAAAGACACCAGAGUACUGGUAGCAACGGAACAACCAAGGAUGUUAGACAAACUGACCGAAGCAAAUAUGCUUUUGGAAGAUAUCCAGAAGGGUCUGAAUAAUUAUUUGGAAAAGAAAAGGUUGUUUUUCCCAAGAUUCUUCUUCCUUUCCAAUGAUGAGCUGCUGGAGAUCUUAUCCGAAACAAAAGAUCCUCUGCGAGUGCAGCCGCAUUUGAAGAAGUGCUUCGAGGGAAUUGCUAAACUAGAGUUUACAGAGGACUUGGAGAUUAUAGGCAUGAUCAGUUCCGAGAAGGAAGUAGUUCCUUUUAUAAAGAAAAUCUUCCCAGCACUUGCUAAAGGCAUGGUUGAGAAAUGGCUUCUGCAAGUAGAAGAAAUGAUGUUAGCCAGUAUCAGACAAGUGAUAGAAUUCAGCAUUGGAGGAUAUGAUCUGGUCCCCCGAAAUAAGUGGGUGCUACAGUGGCCUGGCCAAAUAGUCAUCUGUGUAUCUUCAAUCUUCUGGACAAAGGAAGUAUCAGAAGCCAUACAAGAGAGAACUUUACCGCUAUUUUUGGAGAAGAGCAACAAACAGAUUGGAGAAAUUGUGGAACUGGUGAGAGGCAAGCUGUCAGGAGGAGCCCGGCUGACUCUGGGAGCUCUCACUGUCAUUGACGUGCAUGCUCGUGAUGUAGUUGCGAAAUUGGCGGAGGAUGAAAUUUCAGAUCUGAACGAUUUCCAGUGGAUUUCGCAGCUGAGAUAUUACUGGGAAGACAGCCAAGUGAUGGUCCGAAUGAUUACAACUGAAGCCAGAUAUGGCUAUGAAUACCUGGGCAAUUCUUUGCGAUUGGUGAUUACUCCACUGACAGACCGAUGCUACAGAACAUUGAUGGGAGCUUUGAAGUUAAACCUGGGAGGUGCUCCCGAAGGACCUGCAGGGACUGGCAAGACGGAGACCACCAAGGAUCUAGCAAAAGCCCUGGCGAAACAGUGUGUCGUCUUCAAUUGCUCUGAUGGUCUUGAUUACAAAGCCAUGGGGAAGUUCUUCAAAGGACUGGCACAGGCUGGCGCUUGGGCCUGCUUUGAUGAGUUCAACAGGAUUGAGGUUGAAGUACUGUCUGUCGUGGCACAACAGAUCCUCAGUAUCCAGCAGGCUAUUAUUCGAAAGCUCAGAACGUUUCUCUUUGAAGGCACGGAGAUUUCCCUGAAUCCAACCUGUGCGGUAUUCAUCACGAUGAAUCCUGGGUAUGCUGGCCGAGCAGAACUUCCCGAUAACCUGAAGGCUUUAUUUCGCACAGUAGCCAUGAUGGUCCCAGAUUAUGCUUUGAUCGGUGAAAUUUCCCUUUAUUCCAUGGGAUUCCUUGACUCAAGAAGUCUUGCCCAGAAAAUUGUUGCUACCUACCGCCUUUGCUCUGAGCAGUUAUCAUCGCAACAUCACUAUGACUAUGGGAUGCGCGCGGUGAAGUCAGUCCUGACCGCAGCAGGGAACCUAAAACUGAAGUACCCAAGUGAAAAUGAAAGUGUGUUAUUGCUCAGGGCACUGCUGGAUGUUAACUUAGCUAAAUUCUUGGCGCAAGAUGUUCCUCUGUUUCAGGGGAUCAUAUCUGAUUUGUUUCCUGGUGUGGUUCUUCCAAAACCAGAUUAUGAACUCUUCAUCCAAGCACUGAAUGACAAUAUCAAGAAAAUGAAUCUCCAGCCAGUUCCAUGGUUUAUUGGGAAAAUUAUUCAGAUUUAUGAAAUGAUGAUGGUGCGCCAUGGCUACAUGAUCGUUGGAGAGCCUCUGGGAGGCAAAACCAGUGCCUACAAAGUGCUAGCUGCCGGACUUGGGGAUCUGAGCCAAGACAGUUCGACGGAGGAAUCUGCAGUUGAGUACAGAAUUAUUAACCCCAAAGCUAUCACAAUGGGGCAGCUGUAUGGGUGCUUUGACCCCGUGAGCCAUGAAUGGACGGACGGUGUCCUUGCAAACACCUUCAGAGAACAAGCUUCUUCCACAACUGAGGACAGGAAGUGGAUUAUCUUUGAUGGUCCUGUGGACGCCGUUUGGAUAGAAAACAUGAACACCGUGCUGGAUGACAACAAGAAGCUGUGCUUAAUGAGCGGUGAAAUCAUCCAGAUGAGUGCAAAAAUGAGCUUAAUCUUUGAGCCAGAAGAUCUGGAACAGGCAUCGCCAGCAACUGUCAGCAGGUGUGGCAUGAUCUACAUGGAACCUCACCAGUUAGGCUGGAAGCCUCUGAAGGACUCGUAUCUGAACACGUUGCCCCCAACUUUGCAUGAGGAGCACUUAGAACUGGUCGAUGACAUGUUUAUGUGGCUAGUUCAGCCCUCUUUGGAAUUCAUUCGCCAUCACUGCAAAGUCAUCGUCCACACAUCACCCAUGCACCUGGCCUUUACUAUGAUGAGACUGUUCACCUGUUUGCUUGAUGAGAUAAAGAGUACUGGUGAAGACGAAGGGAAAGAGCCCAUGUCCAGUCAGCAGAUCACCCUGUGGCUACAGGGUCUUUUCCUUUUUGCCUUGGUUUGGACCAUUGGUGGCACCAUCAAUGCGGAGGGCAGGAAGAAAUUUGAUCACUUUUACCGAAAUAUUUUGAUGGGCAUAGAUGAUGACAACCCACGUCCGAAAAGCGUGAAGCUAACGAAAACACAUUUGUUUCCAGAAAGAGGGACCGUGUAUGACUUUUAUUUCCAUAAGAUAGCCAGUGGACAGUGGAACAUGUGGACAGAGUAUAUCACAAAGGAAGAGCAAACUAUUUCUGCUGGAACAAAGGUCUCUGAACUUAUAAUUCCAACCAUGGAAACUGCCAGGCAGAGUUUCUUCCUAAAAACCUAUGUGGACCAUGACAUUCCUUUGUUGUUCGUGGGACCCACUGGCACCGGCAAAUCGGCAAUCACCAACAGCUUUCUGAUCCAGCUUCCAAAGACAAAAUACACCCCCAACGUCAUCAAUUUCUCUGCUAGAACCUCAGCAAAUCAGACCCAGGAUAUCAUUAUGUCAAAACUGGACAGGAGAAGAAAAGGACUCUUUGGACCUGCGGUGGGGAAAAUGGCCAUUGUGUUUGUGGAUGACCUGAAUAUGCCCGCCAAGGAGGUGUACGGAGCCCAGCCCCCCAUUGAGCUCCUGCGGCAAUGGAUUGAUCACGGCCACUGGUAUGACAAGAAGGAUACGUCCAGGCUUGACAUUGUCGAUCUCCUGUUUGUCUCCGCAAUGGGACCUCCAGGUGGUGGAAGGAACGAUAUCACAGGGCGCUUCACACGACAUUUGAAUAUCAUUUCCAUCAGUGCUUUUGAUGAUGAAGUGUUGACCAAGAUUUUCACUUCCAUUGUUGACUGGCACUUCAGCAAAGGCUUUGACCCUACGUUUAUGAGACUUGGCAAAAUGCUGGUCCAUGCUACCAUGAAUAUCUACAAGCUGGCUGUGGAAAACUUCCUCCCAACGCCUUCAAAAUCUCACUAUGUCUUUAAUCUCCGCGAUUUCUCCCGGGUGAUCCGAGGAGUGCUGCUGUGUCCACAUACCCAUCUGCAGGAUGGAGAAAAACUGAUCAGACUCUGGAUUCAUGAAGUGUAUCGAGUCUUCUAUGACCGCUUAAUUGACGCAGAGGACAGGAAGGUGUUCUUUGAAAUGGUGAAGGAGACCACCUCUGACUGCUUUAAGCAGAGUGUUGAGAAGGUACUAAGUCAUUUAUCACGGACUGGAAAGAUCAGCGACGAUAACAUCCGAAGUCUGUUCUUUGGGGACUACGCUAAACCAUCCAGCGAUGUAAAAAUCUAUGAUGAAAUCACAAACUUGAAGAAGCUGACCUCCGUCAUGGAAUACUACCUGGAGGAGUUCAACAACAUCAGCAAGGCGCCGAUGUCUCUGGUCAUGUUCAAGUUCGCCAUUGAGCACAUCUCCAGGAUAUGCAGAGUCCUGAAACAAGACAAUGGCCACUUAUUGCUGGUGGGCAUCGGCGGGAGUGGCCGGCAGAGCGUGACCAAACUCGGCACUUUCAUGAAUUCCUACGAGCUUUUCAUGAUUGAAAUCACCAAGUUCUAUACCACCAAUGACUGGAGAGAAGAUGUCAAGAAGGUCAUGCUUCAGUCAGGAGUCGCCAACAAAAGCACUGUGUUCCUAUUCUGCGACAACCAGAUCAAGGACGAAUCAUUUGUGGAGGACAUUAACAUGCUCUUGAACACAGGCGAUGUGCCUAACAUCUUUGCAGCAGACGAGAAGGCUGAGAUUGUUGAGAAAAUGCAGAGUGCAGCAAGAACUGAAGGCAGGAGGAUAGAAGCCACCCCUUUGGCCAUGUACAACUUCUUUAUUGAGCGUGUGAAGAAGAAUCUGCAUAUAGUUUUAGCAAUGAGUCCCAUAGGAGAUGCUUUCCGGAAUCGCUUGCGGAUGUUCCCUUCACUCAUCAACUGCUGUACGAUUGACUGGUUCCAAAGAUGGCCCACAGAUGCUUUGGAAAUGGUAGCAAACAAGUUCUUAGAAGAUGUGAAGCUAGAAGAUGAAAUCAGGAAAUCGGUCGUGUCCAUGUGCAAGUAUUUCCAAGAAAGCGUGCGAGAGCUCUCCGUCAGCUAUUACAAUGUCCUUCGGAGACACAACUAUGUGACGCCAACAUCUUACCUGGAAUUGAUUCUGACCUUUAAGGCUCUGCUAAAUAGCAAGAGGCAUGAAGUGGAUAUGAUGAGGAAUCGAUACCUUGUCGGCCUUCAGAAACUGGAUUUUGCAGCUUCGCAAGUUGCAGUAAUGCAGAAGGAGCUGACAGCUCUCCAGCCGGAAUUGAUCCAAACCUCUGCAGAAACCGAGAAGAUGAUGGUGCAUAUAGAAAAAGAAACGGUUGAAGUGGAUGCCAAGAAAGAGCUGGUAGCUGCCGAUGAAAAGGAGGCCAACGAGGCAGCAGCGGUUGCUCAGGGCAUCAAGGAAGAAUGUGAAGGGGACCUUGCAGAGGCCAUGCCUGCUCUGGAGGCUGCCCUUGCUGCUCUGGAUACCUUGAACCCUUCAGACAUCUCCCUCGUCAAGUCUAUGCAGAACCCUCCAGGGCCUGUCAAGCUUGUCAUGGAGAGCAUUUGUGUCAUGAAAGCAAUCAAGCCGGAGAGAAAACCUGAUCCAAGUGGAAGCGGUAAAAUGAUAGAAGAUUACUGGGGUAGUUCCAAGAAGAUUCUAGGAGAUAUGAAGUUCCUUGAAGGGUUAAAGACUUAUGACAAAGAUAAUAUUCCUCCAGCCGUGAUGAAGAGGAUUAGAGAGAAGUUUAUCAACCACCCAGACUUUCAGCCAGCUGUCAUAAAGAAUGUGUCGUCUGCCUGUGAAGGCUUAUGCAAAUGGGUGAGGGCCAUGGAAGUGUACGACCGAGUUGCAAAGGUGGUGGCCCCCAAACGUGAGCGUCUUAGGGAGGCAGAAGGUUUGCUAGCUAUACAAAUGCAGAAGCUUAAUAAGAAGCGUGCCGAGCUUAAGAACGUGAUUGACCGUCUCCAAGCUCUGAACGAUGAGUUUGAAGAGAUGAACAACCGGAAGAAAGAACUUGAGAACAAUAUUGAUAUCUGCUCUCAGAAGCUGGUACGGGCAGAACAACUGAUCAGUGGGUUAGGAGGAGAGAAGGACAGGUGGACGGAAGCAGCACGCUUGUUGGGAAUCCGAUACACCGAUCUUACUGGGGAUGUCUUACUAUCUUCAGGCACAGUGGCCUAUCUGGGAGCCUUUACAGUGGAUUACCGUCUCGAAUGUCAGCAGAAAUGGCUGGAUUUGUGUAAAGAGAAGGAGAUUCCAUGCUCCAAUGAUUUCAGCCUAAGUAAUACCUUAGGGGAUCCAGUCAAAAUCCGUGCCUGGCAGAUUGCAGGAUUGCCAAUCGAUUCCUUUUCAAUUGAUAAUGGCAUUAUUGUUUCCAACUCAAGACGCUGGGCUUUAAUGAUAGAUCCUCAAGGCCAAGCCAACAAGUGGGUCAAAAACAUGGAAAAAGGCAACAAGCUUUCUGCUAUCAAAUUGUCUGACACAAACUACGUUCGGUCAUUGGAAAACGCCAUCCAGUUCGGAACCCCAGUCUUGCUUGAAAACAUUGGUGAGGAGCUAGAUGCCUUUCUGGAGCCAGUGCUGCUCAAGACCACUUUCAAGCAGCAAGGUGUGGAGUACAUAAGACUAGGGGAAAAUAUUAUAGAGUUCUCAAGAGAUUUCAAGUUCUACAUUACGACUCGCUUAAGGAAUCCUCAUUAUCUUCCCGAAGUGGCAGUGAAGGUUUGCCUGCUCAACUUCAUGAUUACUCCUCUAGGACUUCAGGACCAGCUUCUUGGGAUUGUGGCUGCGAAGGAAAAACCAGAGCUGGAAGAGAAGAAAAACAAACUGAUUGUUGAGAGUGCAGCGAACAAGAAGCAGCUGAAGGAGAUAGAAGAUAAAAUUCUCGAAGUGCUUUCCAAAUCUGAAGGAAAUAUAUUAGAAGAUGAAACAGCCAUCAAAGUUCUCUCUUCUUCCAAGGAGCUGUCUGAAGAAAUCUCCGAAAAGCAGGAAAUUGCCACUGUGACUGAGAUGGAGAUAGAUGCCACUCGUAUGGGCUACAAACCAGUGGCUGUUCAUUCUGCGACGGUUUUCUUCUGUAUUUCUGAUCUGGCAAACAUUGAGCCAAUGUACCAAUAUUCCUUGAUAUGGUUCAUUAACCUCUAUGUCCAGUCUCUUGCAAAUAGUCAGAAGAGUGACGUUUUGGAGGAGAGAAUUGCAAACAUCAUUGACCACUUUACAGUCAGCAUCUACAAUAAUGUCUGUCGAUCCCUGUUUGAAAAGGACAAACUUCUUUUCUCUCUCCUCCUGACUGUAGGGAUAAUGAAAGGGAAAGAUGAGAUAGACGAUGAAGUGUGGCGUUUCUUACUGACGGGAGGCGUUGCUCUUGAUAAUCCCUAUCCCAACCCUGCACCAGAGUGGUUAACUGAGAAGUCAUGGGCUGAGAUAGUGCGUGCAUCUGGUCUGAAAAGCCUGCAUGGGUUAAUGGAUCAUGUUGAAUCCAACCUCAUGGAAUGGAAAAUGAUUUACGACUCUGCCAGACCUCAUGAUGAGGAGUUCCCCGGUGAAUGGAAACUAGCCAUAGGUCUUGAUCGCAUGGUCAUUCUCCGGUGUCUUAGACCAGAUAAAAUUGUUCCGGCAACCCAAGAAUUCAUCACAUAUAAUAUGGGAAGAACUUAUAUUGAACCUCCAACUUUUGACCUUUCAGGAAGUUAUAAUGAUUCAAAUUGCUGUGCACCUCUGAUUUUCAUACUCUCUCCAGGUGCUGACCCUAUGGCAGGACUGCUGAAGUUUGCUGAUGAUCUUGGCAUGGAAAACAUCCAGACUAUUUCCCUUGGACAAGGACAAGGCCCCAUAGCAGCCAAGAUGAUUAAUAAAGGUCUUGUGGAUGGAACGUGGGUCAUAUUACAGAACUGCCAUCUUGCGACCAGCUGGAUGCCUGCUUUGGAGAAGAUCUGUGAAGAAGUCAUCAUUCCUGAGAAUACCCAUGACCAAUUCAGGCUGUGGCUAACCAGCUAUCCAUCGGAAAAGUUUCCUGUUAGCAUUCUACAGAAUGGAAUAAAAAUGACCAACGAGCCACCAAAAGGGGUCAGAGCGAAUCUCCUCCGCUCGUACCUCAACGACCCGAUUUCUGACAUCACAUUCUUUAACAGCUGUGAAAAGAAAGAAAUGUGGCAGAAAUUGCUGUUUGGCCUUUGUUUUUUCCAUGCUCUUGUGCAAGAGAGGAGAAACUUUGGCCCUUUGGGUUGGAAUAUUCCAUACGAAUUCAACGAAUCUGAUCUUAGAAUCAGUAUGCGGCAGAUCCAGAUGUUUCUGAAUGAAUAUGAAGAAAUUCCAUUUGAAGCUUUAACAUAUCUAACAGGAGAAUGUAACUAUGGCGGCAGAGUAACAGAUGACAAGGACAGGCGUCUGCUCCUCUCGCUUCUUUCCAUUGUAUACUGCAAAGAUAUAGAAACUCAGGAGAACUACAGACUCUCCCCUGGGGAUGAAUAUUACAUACCACCAUUUGGGACAUACCAGUCUUACAUAGAUUACCUGAGAAGCCUGCCAAUCACCACCCACCCCGGAGUCUUUGGCCUCCAUGACAAUGCAGACAUCACGAAGGACAACCAAGAAACCAACCUGCUUUUUAAUGGAGUUUUAUUGACUCUGCCCAGACAAGCAGGGGGAGGAGGCAAAUCCCCCCAGGAAACCGUUGAGGAACUGGCCCAGGAUAUCCUGUCCAAGUUGCCAAAAGAUUUUGACCUAGAAAGUGUGAUGGAGAAAUACCCAGUGCUUUAUGCGGAGUCUAUGAAUACAGUUCUUAGACAAGAACUUAUCAGGUUUAACCGGCUGACGGAAGUUGUGAGGAGCAGCCUGAUCAACCUGGGCAAGGCCAUCAAAGGCCAAGUGCUGAUGUCUUCUGAGCUGGAGGAUGUUUUUAACAGCAUGCUUGUGGGCAAAGUGCCGGCUAUGUGGGCAGCCAAAUCCUACCCAUCUCUGAAGCCGCUGGGCAGUUAUGUGUCUGACCUACUCCUGCGACUGGGCUUCUUCCAGGAGUGGAUCAAGCAUGGCCCCCCCAACGUAUUUUGGAUCUCGGGCUUCUACUUUACUCAGUCGUUCCUGACGGGCGUUUCACAGAAUUAUGCUAGAAAAUAUACCAUCCCGAUCGAUCAUAUUGGGUUUGAAUUUGAGGUGAUGAAACAGGAGCACAACAUGGAGGCAAUGCCAGCGGAUGGGGCCUACGUGAAAGGGCUUUUCUUGGAAGGGGCCCGGUGGGACAGGGAGACCAUGCAGAUUGGCGAGUCCUUUCCCAAAAUCCUUUAUGACUCCCUGCCCAUCAUCUGGCUGAAACCGGGAGAGAGUGCCAAAUUUCUGCAUCAAGACAUUUACUUGUGCCCCGUCUACAAGACCAGCGCCAGGAGAGGGGUCCUGUCCACAACGGGACACUCCACCAAUUAUGUCCUUUCCAUCGAGCUUCCUUCGCAGCUUCCCCAGAAACACUGGAUCAACCGGGGCGUGGCAGCACUCUGCCAGCUUGACGACUGAAGGGCUUAUCCACGGCUUUUCCAAUUAAAAGAUUUAUCUUCUGCGA